AUGCGUCCAUCCGUGGUGUUGCUGCGCAAGCGCGCGCGCAUACAGCAGAUCGUGCACACCUGUCCGGGCACUGUCAACGAGGAGGAGCAGGACGCGGAGGUGGCGAGGAUCGCGGCCCAGCCGUUCGCGCGGUACACCCCCGACGAGAAGCACCUGGAGGCGCUGAGAGAACGGUCGGAUUGGAAUGAUCCAAUGAGAAAGUUUGAGGAGGAGCAGCGCGAGGCGGAAGGCGGAGCUGCUGGCCCUGGCGCCGGCGCUGCGGCGGCGAGGCCGCCCAGGCCCAAGUGCCCGCACGCGCCCUGGCCCAACAGGUUCAACAUACCGCCGGGCUACCGCUGGGACGGCAAGGUGCGCGGCUCGGACUUCGAGAAGCGCUGGCUGCAGGCCAAGAACGGCAGGGAGCUGAAGAAGGCAGAGGCAUACAGGUGGGAGCAGGAGAUGGACCAGAACUCCUGA